AUGUGGCACAUUGAUUCCUACGACAAACUGUCACCAUAUGGAAUUUGUAUCAAUGGCUGCAUUGACGGGUUCUCUAGAAAGAUAAUAUGGCUGGAGGCUGCCAAAAACAACAGCGAUCCACGUGUUAUUGCUGGGUAUUUUGUGGAAGCAUGUCGAAAGUUGAAGGGACGGCCGGAAGAUCUCCUAGAGACUAAGAAAGUAUGGAAUGCUCAUCGCAUACAACCGUCAAGGUAUGUUGCUGGGGGUCGACCUUCCAUACUCUACUCCGUACCAGAGAUCUACAACACACGAAAUUACCUAUGUGAGGUGGAGCUGGACCGACUAGAAGCAUGUUCGAUUGAAUGUACAUUUAUGGAUAAUAUGCCACUUUGUGAUGAAGAAGUGAACGAGCUUGGAUUAAUGUAUAUGGAAGAAUACGGACUGGCACUUCCUGUUGAUGCAUACGAGGCUUCCAACCUGUAUUUCAGACUACGGAAUCAGACGAGAUCUGGAUAUGUAGCUUGCUGA